UCAAUGGACCCGCUAUCAGAUUCAGUCUCUCCCCAAUAUUUCCUUAAAUUUGUAAUGACAAUUUUGCACUCAUUCCAUUUCAUCACUCGAAUAAAUUCUCCAGCUGUGCCUAUAAUUGUAGCGGAAAUCUUUUUCGUUCAACUUUUCGAACAAUUAUUUUACUGGUUUUAGACGUCUACUCAAGAUUUUUGUGGGCAGCAGGAGAUGCAUCGCUGGUCCGGUGAAUUGUCGCCGGAGAUCGCUUUAUUUUUCAUUUAACAGGUGACUUAGGUCGAUUUGAGGCUAACUUAGUGGAGAGAUAGUAAUUGGGUGGUGCAACUGAUGAGAAGAACUGAUGUUAUUGACAGUGGAAGGAGGAGGGUUUUUCUCUUCUUCAGCUUCUGGUUACAGUAAGGGCCUAACCCUUCUUUUUUUGGGUCAGAGGAGCGAAGGGAAACCCAUGAGAGUGACGCCGUGGAAUCAGUACCAGUUGGUGGACCAAGGGACAGAUCCUGAUCUCCAGCUGGCUUCUGCGAAGAAUGGGGCUGUCCGCGGGUGUGCCUCCUUUGUGUGCUUGGGUCACACUGCCGCAGGACUUGAGAGCCCGUCCCCUCUGAAAGUGGGCUCUAGCCAACAAAAAGAAGUCUCGCCAGAGCCUCCUGUUUUUGAUGAGAAUAAGGAUGAAAUUGAUUCAGCUGAUCUUGUUGAUGAUGAUAAUGGGAAUAGAGAGAUAGAUCUCAAGAGUAGCUUAAAGAAACCAUCGAAUGACAUUCAACCUACUACCACUGGGGGGAUUGGUGAUGGCGAUGAACAUGAAGAAUCAUCUGGAAAGAGUAACACUGUUGAUAGUCAAAUGGAAAGGAGGAAAGUGCAGUGGACGGAUACAUCUGGAGGGGAACUUUAUGAGAUCCGGGAAUUUGAGAUGAGGUGAGAGAGCUUUGGAUGCUUCUUUUAUGUUAAAAAUAUAGCUC